AUGAAGAAGUCAAUGCACUGGUAAGAUGGCUCGCUACACAUGAACAUGACCCAGUGUGAAUCAACUUCCUCCACAUCUUGCACGGUACCCACACUUUCUGAACGGGCCAGCCAGUUAAGCAGGAAGGGAUUACCUAUCAAAUCCUCUACACACUUUGACCUUCCUGUCAACUUUGAAUCAGAUAUAGUUAACAUCACACAGAGUCAAUCAAUCAUGCAAUUUGGAGCAGUAAUGUUAUACCCACAAUAUUUCACACUUCACAUUCUGGUUACAGCUUCCAACAGUAGCUAUACAUGUUGUUUUCUUCAAGAGCCAUCUUGUGAGUGUAAGUUGUAUUUUGUGUGUGUGUGUGUGUGUGCACUGAACGCAAGUACACGUGGCCUAUGUAUUUGAGGACAAGGAGAAGAUUAGUUUAUGGUUAAGGGAUUGAUGGGAGGAAAAGCUUAGCAGUGAGGGAUUUUGGGCAUCUUCCAUCCAAUUGUGUAGCUGGUCAGUUAAGGUUCCUCACUCAUUCGUUCCACCCCCUCUGGUAAUCUGACCAGCUGGCUGUCAGAUUAAAGGACCCCCCCCCCCAGAGGAAGGUGCAGCAACUAUUUCAAUGUAAUUUCCUGUCCUAAAGAGGAGAUGCACGUUUAGGUUCCACCUCCAAAUAAUGACGAAGGCUACUUAUACAUAUUCACAAAUUGGGUGUGGGAAUUUCCACGUGGAGUUAAUAAACAUCAACAAAUAGGGCAAUGACAGCUGUCGGUGUAGCUAGCAUGAUAACCUUAUCUAGAUAGCUAUCUUGCUAACCUUAUCUAGAUAGCUAAUGUUAUCGGUUGUUGCUGUUUUGUUGUUGUUGACUACACCAUAUUCAAAAGAUUAGCCAGCUGGUGCUAUAGCAGGUUCUGGGGCUGGAUUUGUCAUCAUCAAUGCUUUAGGGAAAACAUCGCCACAGAUGGAAACCACUGGCCUAUCUUUGACGUCGCCAUCUAUUAUUAUCUCCAAAGUUUUGUCAUCUUUCAUAAAUUGCAACCACAAAUCCGCCAUUGAAAUAGUUAGAAAGAAUAAGAUGAAGCUCCGGUAAUAUGGAUAACUAUUGAAAGAUAGUUGAUAUGCGUUUUUCUAUAUUGUAACGGACACGGUGCAACCUUUGGUAGGUAGGAUGCUGGCACGCUUCGGCUGCAGUACAGCAAAGCCAAGUCAGCCCGUGCUCAUGGUUCUCACAGUGGAAGUGAAAUUAUAGGCUACAAUGACUUUGCUCUUGAUCAUGCACGCCACAAAUUACAUGUAACUAAGUUCCUUGAAUUUUAUUUCAUGGGUGCCUUUUCAUUAUCUGGAUAGACACUUGUGGUUUCUAGCUAAUGUUACACCAAUAAAAGCAGUGGAGCGUGUAGUGAAGCAAAACUUUAGUGGUCAAAACCAUCGACCUUGGGCAACAGGGAGCAGGUUUGCAAAAUCCUAUCAUAUCACACAAUUUAUACCAUUUAUAAAAUGGUCAGAUAUAGAUACAGAACCAGUCAAAAGUUUGGACACACCUACUCAUUCAAGGGUUUUUCAUUAUUUUUUACAAUUUUCUACAUUGUAGAAUAAUAGUGAAGACAUCAAAACUAUGAAAUAACACAUGGAAUCAUGUAGUAACCAAAAAGUGUUAAACAAAUCAAAAUAUAUUUUAUAUUUGAGAUUCUUCAAAGUAGCCACCCUUUGCCUUGAUGACAGCUUUGCACACUCUUGGCAUUCUCUCAACCAGCUUCAUGAGGAAUGGUUUUCCAACAGUCUUGACUUCCCACAUGCUGAGCACUUGUUGGCUGCUUUUCUUUCACUCUGGGGUCCAACUCAUCCCAAACCAUCUCAAUUGGGUUGAGGUCAGGUGAUUGUGGAGGCCAGGUCAUCUGAUGCAGCACUCCAUCACUCUCCUUCUUGGUCAAAUAGCCCUUACACAGCCUGGAGGUGUGUUUUGGGUCAUUGUCCUGUUGAAAAACAAAUGAUAGUCCCACUAAGCACAAACCAGAUGGGAUGACGUAUCGCUGCAGAAUGCUGUGGUAGCCAUGCUGGUUAAGUGUGCCUUGAAUUCUAAAUAAAUCACUGACAGUGUCACCAGCAAAGCACCCCCACACCAUAACGCCUCCUCCUCCAUGCUUCAUGGUGGGAACCACACAUGCGGAGAUCCUCCGUUCACCUACUCUGCGUCUCACAAAGACAUGGCGGUUGUGACCAAAAAUCUCAAAUUUGGACUCAUCAGACCAAAGGACAGAUUUCCACCGGUCUAAAAUCCAUUGCUUGUGUUUCUUGGCUCAAGCAAGUCUCUUCUUCUUAUUGGUGUCCUUUAGUAGUGGUUUUGACCAUGAAGGCCUGAAGCAUUCGACCAUGAAGGCCUGGUUCACGCAGUCUCCUCUGAAAAGUUGAUGUUGAGAUGUGUCUGUUACUUGAACUCUGUGAAGCAUUUAUUUGGGCUGCAAUCUGAGAUGCAGUUAACUCUAAUGAAUUUAUCCUCUGCAGCAGAGGUAACUCUGGGUCUUCCUUUCCUGUGGCGGUCCUCAUGAUAGCCAGUUUCAUCAUAGCGCUUGGUGGAUUUUGCGACUGCACUUGAAGAAACUUUCAAAGUUCUUGAAAUUUUCCGGAUUGACUAACCUUCAUGGCUUAAAGUAAUGAUGGACUGCCAUAAUAUGGACUUGGUCUUUUACCAAAUAGGGCUAUCUUCUGUAAUAACUCCUACCUUGUCACAACACAACUGAUUGACUCAAACACAUUAAGAAGGAAAGAAAUUCCACAAAUUAACUUUUAAUAACACACACCUGUUAAUUGAAAUACAUUCCAGGUGACUACCUCAUGAAGCUGGUUGAGAUAAUGCUAAUUUGAAGAAUCUAAAAUAUAUUUUGAUUUGUUUAACACUUUUUUGGUUACUACAUGAUUCCAUAUGUGUUAUUUCAUAGUUUUGAUGUCUUCACUAUUAUUCUACAAUGUAGAAAAGUAUAAAAAAUAAAGACAAAUCCUGGAAUGAGUAGGUGUGUCCAAACUUUUGACUGCUACUGUAUAUAUAAUUAUUUGUAUUUUACUAUACAGACUAGCUAAAAAAUAAGUGAAAAUUGAAAAUGUUCUGGUAAAAACUUAAAAACAAAGCGGAGGUGCAAAAACACCACUUUGCACCCCCUAUUUUAAUUUGCUCCAUGGCUCAGGUGGCCAAGUGGACACAAGGCUGUUUGGCUCAUCUCAGUCAUGAAGAGGAAUAACUUUGCAGCUGUUUCUGAUUAAUAAACAAAUGCCAUGCUGGUCGGUGGUAACAUCAAAAUUAAUCCCAGCCCUAAAAAGAAAUGUAGGUUGAAAAUAAUUUGUAUGUCAUAUCAUAGGAAAAUAAACUGCAUUCACACGGAUUUGCACGAAGUGGGCAUUUUGGAUUUGUCACUUCAAGGCCAAAUAUACAUUGAGCUCCAAAAGUAUUGGGACAGUGACAAAUGUUUUGUUGUUUUGUCUCUGUACUCCAGCACUUUGGAUUUGAAAUUAUACAAGGUUAAAGUGCAGACUGCCAGCUUUUAUUUGAGGGUAUUUUCAUCCAACCGUUUAGAAAUUACAGCACUUUUUGCACAUAGUCCCCCCCCAUUUUAGGGGACCAAAAGUAUUGGGAAAAAUUAACUUAUAUGUAUUAAAGUAGUAGAAAGUUAAGUGUUUUGGUCCUAUAUUCAUAGCACGCAAUUACUACAUCAAGCUUGUGACUACACAUUUAUUGGAUGCAUUUGAUGUUUGUUUUGGUUGUUUCAAAUUAUUUUGUGCGUAUUAGAAAUGAAUGGUAAAUAAUGUGUUGUGUCAUUUUGGAGUCACCUUUUAUUGUAAAUAUGAAUUGAAUAUGUUUCUAAACACCUUUACAUUAAUGUGGAUGUUUCCAUGAUUAAGGAUAGUCCUGAAUGAAUCGUGAAUAAUGAUGAGUUACAGAUUUACAGAGGCAUAGGUAUCAUAAAGUAAAACAAUGCUAACAUCCUCUGUUAUUGUAAUGGUGAGAGGUUAGCAUGUCUUGGGGGUAUGAUAUUUGUGCAUCUGUAACUUUCUCAUUCAUCAUAGUCAUUGUAUUAUUUAAAAUCCAAAGUUCUGUAGUACAGAGCCAAAACAACAAAAUGUGCCACUGUAUAAUACCAUCGUCUUUCAGCUCGAAAAAGUGGAUUUCUACUGGUGUGGGCGUUUUAAAGAGCCCUGACACCAUGCUCUAGGUCCACUUUACUUACACACACACACACAGGCAGCCUUCACUUUCAGUUUCACAGGAGUUGAAACAGGGCGAGGCUGGGGCGCCUAAUGUGAAUAAGGGUGUGUAAAAAGGAAAGAAGCUUCUACAGUGGAGAGGAAGGGUUCUCAAAUUGCUGAGCGGAUGCUUUAAAUCAGCACUGGUUCAAAUAUGGCUUGGUGCCAGCUAUGGCUUGUAGCUGCAAUUUGUCAAAUGUCACAACAAAACUUAAACCAGUAAAUCAGUUUCUAUUAUAUAUUAAUAUACUUUGCAUUUGCAAUGGAGUCAAAUAUUAUACCACUGUAAAUACUCAGUUGUGGCCACUAGACCUGGGGCUGUAUUCAAUCACUACCUAAAAGUCAAAGAAGAAAUUAUGUUCUAGCACCGCAAAAAAACAGGUUUGAAUUAAUAUGCAGUUGAGCUUCUUGUACUUCACUUUCACAUGGUUAACAUAGUUUGGUUGCCUUAAUGCAUCCAAACAUUAAUUCUUGCAGUGCAAGACAGAUUCAAUAUUUGACUUGUACGACCAAAACCCACAGGGACCCUUGUCCAUAAACAGCCUCUCCUCCUGGAGGCCUAAAAUUCUCACACGGCCUCCUUCAGUCAGUCAGUGAUUGAAUGAUGUGUAUGGAGAAUAAGACAGUGAUUUCCUUACUAGAGCUGCAAUGAGUGAGGCCUGAGCCAUGAGUCAUUCACUGGUGGGUUUACACUGACUGCACACAUUCCAGUAGGGAGCACAGGGUCAGCUAACAGGCUAGAGAUGCCUGAGAAAUGUUACUCACUGAGGUGGAUUUCAGGCCCUUCUUUCGUUGCCUGGCUACCCAGACUCCUUGCUCCGGCCAAAGGCUAACGUUAGUUUCUUCUCCGCAAUGAGUCUGGAUCUGAGUACUUCCCUAUGUUUUCUAGAAUGGAAUCACAUUAUAACCAUUCUGAUUGGUUCCAAAAACCAAUUGGUUAGGCCAGCGCCAAAACACACGUGGGUAUGCUGCGUUUUGAAAAUGUGGGACUCUGUUAGAGAUUAUCCAAUCGCUGAGAAUUUAUGUACGAUGCCCCUCAUUUAGACGUCCCCACAAACGUCUUCAACGAUGGCAGUCUCAGACUGAAGUAUGUAGCAAACAUAUAGAGCAGUGGAAGAAUUCAGUUUAAGUCGUCAGGGAACAUCAUUCAGUUUGCAGAAGAAAAAAAUAAAAUCAGGUCUAGCUCCCUGCAAAAUUAUUAGAUACAGCAGACCUAACCCCGACUGAUCAUUUUGUGUGAGAUAAAAGUUCCACUGUGCAUUCAUACUGAAUAUUCUGAGGACCUAGGCUACAGGCCAACAUGUAUGACAGACCUUUUUACUUGAAUUUUUUGCAGGUUGAUGGCAAUCUAUUUCUGUAUUUUCAAUAUCCUGUAAUUUAAAGCUAUUUUACGUAGUUGGUAUCAAGUUCAAACCUGUCAUAUUGUAGCAUGUCACAUUUUAUAUUCUUUCGCUUUGGGGUGUAUCAUUCAACUCACUGUUUUGUUUUUAAUACACUGCCUUGGGAUGAUGUUAUCAGAACCAACAGUGGGCUUAAAUCUGGGGUCUUGCUGACUGUUGUGUCUCUGUCUGCUGUCUCUCCUCAGGACCAAGAACGCCGAACCCCCUUACAUGCUGCUGCGUGUUUGGGCGAUGUUCACAUUAUGGACCUCCUCAUUAAUUCAGGUAACGUUCUCAAGCAUGAGACAGACAGUUUUCAGAGUAAUUUGCAUUAUUCACUCAAUUAUCCCUAUCCUAUUGUUGAAUAAAGGACAGUUAAUCAUAUUAUCUGUUAGAAUAUACAACCAGCAUUGAAAGCCUUCACUCUAGUCAAUGAGGUUGAGAAGCCCUAUCCUAAAGGCAGAUACUGAUAAUGAAACCAGAUAAGUGUGCAAAUGUUACUGACCAUCUGAGGCCCAUUGUGAUUGGCUGAAUUGGCUCAGAUUUUCAACACUUAUCUGCAUAUGUUUUUUCUAUUGGUUGAUCUGAGCUACAGAAUAGUUGACUGAGUUUGCCCUCUAUCUCUCGCUUUCUCUCUCUCUCGCUUACUCGCUCCUCUCUCUCUCUCAGGUGCUAGUAUUAACGCUAAGGACCAAGGCUGGCUGACUCCCCUGCAUCGGGCAGCUGCCUCACAGAACGAAGUAAGACCAUCUUUGCAUGACAGUGCCAUGUGAAGGGCAGGUCAAAUACAAUAUGUAAAACCUGCUACAGUCAUUUCACUGGAAUUCCUCAUCAGUCUUAAUAGCAAUUCUCAGUGCUCAUUUUCUUAAAUUAAUCUGCCAUACUGAUUACCUAUCACCUCUCCUUCCUUGAAUGAGUAGCUAUAUGAAUGUCGUUGAUAAAGUCACACUCCUCAUACUUGUUAUUUAUUCUCCUACCGUCUUUCCCAGAAGGCCGUGGGGCUGCUGCUGAGACAGGAUGCGGAGGUCAAUGCCCGGGAUAAAUUCUGGCAGACGCCGUUGCACGUGGCUGCGGCCAACCGGGCCACACGCUGCGCUGAGGCCCUCAUCCCCAAGCUGAGCAGCCUGAAUGUGGCGGACCGCUCCGGCAGGACGGCCCUGCACCACGCUGCACACAGCGGCCACGUGGAGGUCAGGGGUCACAGCUGGGUUUUAUGGUCAUAGGGUGGAGGGUUUUGAGUAAUACUGAAAUGGCACCCAAUCCCAUAUACAGUGAGGGAAAAAAGUAUUUGAUCCCCUGCUGAUUUGGUACGUUUGCCCACUGACAAAGAAAUUAUCAGUCUAUAAUUUUAAUGGUAGGUUUAUUUGAACAGUGAGAGACAGAAUAACAACAAAAUAAUCAAAAUGUUAUAAUUUAUUUGCAUUUUAAUGAGGGAAAUAAGUAUUUGACCCCCUCUCAAUCAGAUAGAUUUCUGGCUCCCAGGUGUCUUUUAUACAGGUAACGAGCUGAGAUUAGGAGUACACUCUUAAAGGGAGUGCUCCUAAUCUCAGUUUGUUACCUGUAUAAAAGACACCUGUCCACAGAAGCAAUCAAUCAAUCAGAUUCCAAACUCUCCACCAUGGCCAAGACCAAAGAGCUCUCCAAGGAUGUCAGGGACAAGAUUGUAGACCUACACAAGGCUGGAAUGGGCUACAAGACCAUCGCCAAGCAGCUUGGUGAGAAGGUGACAACAGUUGGUGCGAUUAUUCGCAAAUGGAAGAAACACAAAAUAACUGUCAAUCUCCCUUUGCCUGGGGCUCCAUGCAAGAUCUCACCUCGUGGAGUUGCAAUGAUCAUGAGAACGGUGAGGAAUCAGCCCAGAACUACACGGGAGGAUCUUGUCAAUGAUCUCAAGGCAGCUGAGACCAUAGUCACCAAGAAAACAAUUGGUAACACACUACGCCGUGAAGGACUGAAAUCCUGCAGCGCCCGCAAGGUCCCCCUGCUCAAGAAAGCACAUAUACAGGCCCGUCUGAAGUUUGCCAAUGAACAUCUGAAUGAUUCAGAGGAGAACUGGGUGAAAGUGUUGUGGUCAGAUGAGACCAAAAUCAAGCUCUUUGGCAUCAACUCAACUCGCCAGGUUUGGAGGAGGAGGAAUGCUGCCUAUGACCCCAAGAACACCAUCCACACCGUCAAACAUGGAGGUGGAAACAUUAUACUUUGGGGCUGUUUUUCUGCUAAGGGGACAGGACAACAUCACCGCAUCAAAGGGACGAUGGACGGGGCCAUGUACCGUCAAAUCUUGGGUGAGAACCUCCUUCCCUCAGCCAGGGCAUUGAAAAUGGGUCAUGGAUGGGUAUUCCAGCAUGACAAUGACCCAAAACACACGGCCAAGGCAACAAAGGAGUGGCUCAAGAAGAAGCACAUUAAGGUCCUGGAGUGGCCUAGCCAGUCUCCAGACCUUAAUCCCAUAGAAAAUCUGUGGAAGGAGCUGAAUGUUCGAGUUACCAAACGUCAGCCUCGAAACCUUAAUGACCCAGAGAAGAUCUGCAAAGAGGAGUGGAACAAAAUCCCUCCUGAGAUGUGUGCAAACCUGGUGGCCAACUACAAGAAACGUCUGACCUCUGUGAUUGCCAACAAGGGUUUUGCCACAAAGUACUAAGUCAUGUUUUGCAGAGGGGUCAAAUACUUAUUUCCCUCAUUAAAAUGCAAAUCAAUUUAUAACAUUUUUGACAUGUGUUUUUCUGGAUUUUGUUGUUGUUAUUCUGUCUCUCGCUGUUCAAAUAAACCUACCAUUAAAAUUAUAGACUGAUCAUGUCUUUGUCAGUGGGCAAACGUACAAAAUCAGCAGGGGAUAAAAUACUUUUUUCCCUCACUGUAUAGUGCACUAUUCUUGACCAGGGCCCGCAUAGUGUCCACUAUAUAAGGAAUAGGUGCCAUUUCAGACGCAGCCUAGGUGCUGAAUUGGUCUUCCUCUACUCAGAAAGGUGGCUUACUGUGCUCGUUUUAACUCAGUAUCUCCUGUCUGUUUCCAGAUGGUGAAUUUGCUCCUCAACAAAGGGGCCAACCUGAGUGCCAGUGAUAAGAAGGAGAGGCAGCCAAUCCACUGGGCCGCAUACCUCGGUGGGUGGGACCUUAGAACGGACACUUUUCCUGACAUUGACACACUUUCCUCCUUGUUCAAGAGGGUUGGCCUGAACAAAGGCACUGAGCAGAUUCACUGAUCUACAAAUCAACUUGCAAACUUCCCAUCAAGGGAUUAGGGUUGUCAUGAUACCAGUAUCCCGAUACCAUAUUUUCCAUGGCAAAAAAAGAAAACACAAAUUGGAUUAAACUCUAUUGUCCUAUAAAAAGCUACUUUAUGUACAAUUGUGGGUGCUAUAGCUUGCAAAAUAAACAUGUGACUCUAGGUGACAAAUUAAUGCUGUUUGGUUCUAACGUUAGGUCGGUUUUCCACAAGGAAUUAAAUCCACUUCCAUUUUUGUUUCCUUGCCACGAUAAUUCAGAGUAUUGUGAUACUGGUAGCGUGACAACCCUACAAGGGAUACUUGUAUACAAAGAAAAGCAAAUCUGUGAAAAAUUGCAUAUCCUCACGCACAAGCAGAAAAUUGCCACGGCUUUCGUUAACCUGUCUGUGUCUGUAGUGUCUGUAUGUUCCAUGAAUGUAUGGUUGUCUCCUCUUCCCUCAGGGCAUCUGCAGAUCGUGAAGCUACUGGUGUCGCGGAGUGCGGACGCCAUGUGCAGGGACAAGCGCGGUUAUACCCCACUCCACGCCGCCGCUGCCAGCGGCCAGAUUGAGGUGGUCAAGUACCUGCUGCGGCUGGGGUCAGAGGUGAGGGUCCAGGGUGUGGGGCUUCCUAUUAUUGAAUUCUUUGCUUGUGUGUUUUUUAGUUUUUUACAAAAGUGCAUUCCUAGUAUAAUUUAGGUUAGGGCCUAUCAGGAAAAUCUCCAGGCCCUAUAACCUUCCCAACUCCCACCACCAUCUCUAGUCAAAUUUCUGCCUUCUCUUUGCCUCCACGUCAGAUUGAUGAGCCUAAUGCCUUUGGGAACACAGCGCUCCACAUGGCGUGCUACACGGGCCAGGAGGCGGUGGCCAACGAGCUGGUGAACCGCGGCGCCAACGUCAACCAGCCCAACCACCACGGCGGCACGCCGCUGCACCUGGCCGCUGUCUCCACCAACGGGGCGCUCUGCCUCGAGCUGCUAGUCAACAACGGUGCUGAUGUCAACAUGCAGGUCAGUCAGAGGAGACCAGAGAAAUGAGGGAAUAAGGGAUUGGUUUCAACCCCAAAUGGCACCCUAUUCUUUAUAUAGUGCACUAAUUUUGACCAGAACCAAAAAAGUAUUUGAUCCCCUGCUGAUUUUGUAUGUUUGCCCACUGACAAAGACAUGAUUUACAUUUACAUUUGAGUCAUUUAGCAGACGCUCUUAUCCAGAGCGACUUACAGGAGCAUGAUCAGUCUAUAAUUUUAAUGGUAGGUUUAUUUGAACAGUGAGAGACAGAAUAACAACAAAAGAAAUCCAGAAAAACGCAUGUCAAAAAUGUUAUAAAUUGAUUUGCAUUUUAAUGAGGGAAAUAAGUAUUUGACCCCUCUGCAAAACAUGACUUAGUACUUGGUGGCAAAACCCUUGUUGGUAAUCACAGAGGUCAGACGUUUCUUGUAGUUGGCCACCAGGUUUGCACACAUCUCAGGAGGGAUUUUGUCCCACUCCUCUUUGCAGAUCUUCUCCAAGUCUUUAAGGUUUGGAGGCUGACGUUUGGCAACUCGAACAUUCAGCUCCCUCCACAGAUUUUCUAUGGGAUUAAGGUCUGGAGACUGGCUAGGCCACUCCAGGACCUUAAUGUGCUUCUUCUUGAGCCACUCCUUUGUUGCCUUGGCCGUGUGUUUUGGGUCAUUGUCAUGCUGGAAUACCCAUCCACGACCCAUUUUCAAUGCCCUGGCUGUGGGAAGGAGGUUCUCACCCAAGAUUUGACGGUACAUGGCCCCGUCCAUCGUCCCUUUGAUGCGGUGAAGUUGUCCUGUCCCCUUAGCAGAAAAACACCCCCAAAGCAUAAUGUUUCCACCUCCAUGUUUGACGGUGGGGAUGGUGUUCUUGGGGUCAUAGGCAGCAUUCCUCCUCCUCCAAACACAGCGAGUUGAGUUGAUGCCAGAGAGCUCGAUUUUGGUCUCAUCUGACCACAACACUUUCACCCAGUUCUCCUCUGAAUCAUUCAGAUGUUCAUUGGCAAACUUCAGACGGGCCUGUAAAUGUGCUUUCUUGAGCAGGGGGACCUUGCGGGCGCUGCAGGAUUUCAGUCCUUCACGGCGUAGUGUGUUACCAAUUGUUUUCUUGGUGACUAUGGUCCCAGCUGCCUUGAGAUCAUUGACAAGAUCCUCCCGUGUAGUUCUGGGCUGAUUCCUCACCGUUCUCAUGAUCAUUGCAACUCCACGAGGUGAGAUCUUGCAUGGAGCCCCAGGCAAAGGGAGAUUGACAGUUAUUUUGUGUUUCUUCCAUUUGCGAAUAAUCGCACCAACUGUUGUCACCUUCUCACCAAGCUGCUUGGCGAUGGUCUUGUAGCCCAUUCCAGCCUUGUGUAGGUCCAGUGGCGGCUCCUGAAAAAAUUCUCAGGGGCGGCAAUUUUUCUGAUGAUUUAGGUGACCUACACACAUUUAAAAAAAGAUAUGUCCAGCAACAACAUGAAGACAGGGGCAGCAUAUAAGUCAAUACUGAUAUACACAUUACUUGCUUCAAAAAGGCCUCAUGGUUGAAUUGGAAAUAUGUGCACCUGAGCAUAAUUCACAACAAGCAAGCAGGAGCUUUUGAUAGAGGCUACUGAAAACAUUGAUGCAAGUUAUUGGUAAUAAGACAUUUUUAUAGACUUCCAUAUUCUGCCCUCUUGUAUAGAUUUGUGAAAAUGAACAGUGAUAGACAUUUUGCCUGAAAACAGAAUUUGAAAAUAAUUUAUAGAAAAGGUAAACACAGCUAUCUGUAUGGCUUUGUAAAAAUGAACAACCAUAUUCUGGCCAAUUGUAUAGAUUUGUAAAUUUGAACAACCAUAUUCUGGCCAAUUGUAUAGAUUUGUAAAAAUGAACAUGAACAGAUUUUUUAUUUUUUUUUACUUAAAAAAAAAUGAAAAAUAACUAUUUUAAACAACAUCAACUGUGAACUGAUUUGGGCGUGUGUGUGUUAAAGAGACAGACAGGGAGGGACAAAGAGAGAGAGAGGCUACAUUACUUGUACUGAAACUGUUCUAGCUUGCUGCAUGAUCAAAUUCAGCUGAUGCGCAUAGCAAUGCACGUAAUGGGCAUUCUUGAAAUGCUCACGCACCUUUUGCUGCACACCAGCCUUCUCUCCCCUCAUCACACUGGCUCCAUCGUAAGCUUGCGCAAUGAGUUUGACUUUCUCGUCGUCGGCAAAAAGACCGUUCAGUCUCUCCAAAAGCACACUGGCGAUUGAGACUGAGGUUGAUUCCGAGAUGGGAAGGAACUCAAAAAAGCGCUCCUGCACUUUGUGGUUGCUAUCUAUGUACCUCAGCACAAGCACCAGCUGUGUCUGUGUAGAAACGUCCGUGGUCUCGUCAGCUUGGAUAGCUACGAAGUUCGCCGACUUCACCUCCUCCACAAUAUGUUCCCUCAUGACCGCUAGCAUACACUCCAGUAGCUCGUUUUGAAUGGUCUUUGAUGUGCCCUUGAAAACUUUAGCAUUUUUAAGAUGGUCAUCAAACACCUCAUCUAAUUGUGCCACAAAGUUGACAAGUCCAAGAAAAAUACCAGGGUUGGUGGAGCCCUCAGUUUCAUCUUUGCCUCGCAAAUGACAGUUGUACGUGAAUUGAUUGACGCUGCUACCCGCUCUUUUCUUAGUUAUGUUCAUGGUUACUUAUGUUACGUAUGACGAAAGCGCGUAAGUGCAAGCCCUCCCGGAACCCAUAGAGAUUGUAUUGAAAGCUCUGAUAUUUGAAAAAAAAAAGAUUUUACAUGAUAGUCUAUGAGAGACUCCUGGGCGAUUUUCAACCUGACUGAAAUCGUCCCAAAAGGGGCGGGGCCAUUUGAAGCACGACUUUAGCCUGAUUGGACAUUUAGUGGCAGAUCAGACGUCUAGAUUAGAACACUGAUAACUACUGUUGCCGUGAUAUAAUUGAUUAGAAAAAAAAUCCCUUCCUUUUCCCGUUUGGCAGUGCGUCGCCCAUAUCGCCCUAAUGAACACACCGCCCCUGUGUAGGUCUACAAUCUUGUCCCUGACAUCCUUGGAGAGCUCAUUGGUUUUGGCCAUGGUGGAGAGUUUGGAAUCUGAUUGAUUGCUUCUGUGGACAGGUGUCUUUUAUACAGGUAACAAGCUGAUAUUAGGAGCACUCCCUUUAAGAGUGUGCUCCUAAUCUCAGCUCGUUACCUGUAUAAAAGACACCUGGGAGCCAGAAAUCUUUCUGAUUGAGAGGGGGUCAAAUAAUUAUUUCCCUCAUUAAAAUGCAAAUAAAUGUAUAACAUUUUUGACAUGUUUGAGGUAAAUCAAUUAUUUUCAUAACAAGAAAUGUUUUUGUUUGUUCUCUCUUUCUCUCACAGAGUAAAGAAGGGAAGAGCCCUUUGCAUAUGGCCGCUAUUCACGGGCGCUUCACCCGCUCCCAGAUCCUGAUCCAAAACGGUAACCACACACAUUAUAAAACACAAUAUUAUCACACACUACACUACAAAUACAAGAAUAGCGUGUUUGUGAAAAGUGCUUGCAGUAUUUCAGGGAACAAACUUCAGUUGAAGCGCACCAGCCAAACAUACCCAACACUCAUAUCCUCCAGCCCAUAGCAACCACAACAACUCCAACAGCCGGAUGUCAUCUCACAACUUUGUGAAAAACAAUAUGGUGCAAAUCUCCUCUGUCCCUAACCACAUCCCCUCUCUCUCUCUCCUGUGUGCAGGUGGGGAUAUCGACUGUGUAGAUAAAUAUGGCAAUACUCCUCUUCACGUUGCUGCUAAGCACGGCCACGAGCUGCUGAUCAGCACCCUGAUGACUAACGGUGCUGACACAGCCAGGUGAGAGAGUGUUUUCCAUAAGCGCGGCUACUUUCCACUUCAUAAAUUAACUAGUCUUCUUGUCAUUUAAAAGUUUCAAUUUGCUAGUCAGAAAAGUCCAUAUAGCCUUCUCCUGCUAGAAUGAACGGUAUGCAUCUUCUAGUGAUCUACUAAUAGGACAGGCGCCUGUCAGUCAUAAAGCAAGCAAUGACAGGGAAACACUGCAGGGCCCAGUUUCCCAAAAGCAUCUUAACACUAGAACCGCCAUAGGCCAACGGCCACUGACUUGAUUUUGUAAAUUUAAAAAAUCAGCCCCCCAAAAAAGCUAUGUUCUGUUCUUUCCCUGACUUUUCCUAAACGUUUGUAUUUUACACUGCUCAUUUGUCCGAAUUUUGAAAUCACAAACAAAAAAGUAUUUAGAGCCUUUUACCCGUUUUUUUUUUUUACAUCCAACUUAACCCGCUGAUGAAAACAAAUUGAACUCUUAGGCCUGAAUGCCAAGUGUCACAUCUGGAGGAAACCUGGCACCAUCCCUACGGUGAAGCAUGGUGGUGGCAGCAUCAUGCUGUGGGGAUAUAUUUCAGUGGCAGGGACUGGGAAACUAGUCAGGAUCGAGGGAAAGGUGAACGGAGCAAAGUACAGAGAGAUUCUUGAUGAAAACCUGCUCCAGAGCACUCAGGACCUCAGACUGGGGCAAAGGUUCACCUUCCAAUAGGACAACGACCCUAAGCACACAGCCAAGACAAUGCAGGAGUGGCUUCGGGACAAGUCUCUGAAUGUUCUUGAGUGGCCCAGCCAGAGCCCGGACUUGAACCCGAUCAUACAUCUCUGGAGAGACCUGAAAAUAUCCAUGCAUCCAAACUGACAGAGCUUGAGAGGAUCUGCAGAAAAGAACGGGAGAAACUCCCCAAAUACAGGUGUGCGAAGCUUGUUGCUUCAUACCCAAUAAGACUCGAGGCUGUAAUCACUGUCAAAGGUGCUUCAACAAAAUACUGAGUAAAGGGUGUGAAUACUUAUGUAAAUGUGGUAUUUCAGUUUUGUAUUUUUUAUACAUUUACAAAAAAAGUAUAAAAACACAUUUUAAGUCAAAACUGUAACUCGGCCACUCAGGAACAUUCACUGUCUUCUUGGUAAGCAACUCCAGUGUAGAUUUGGCCUUGUGUUUUAGGUCAGGGUUUCCCAAACUUGGACCUGGGACCCCCCCUGGGUGCACGUUUUUAUUUUUGCCCUAGCACCACACAGCUGAUUUAAAAUAACCAACUCAUCAUCAAGCUUUGAUUAUUUGAAUCAGCUGUGUAGUGCUAGGGAAAAAACGUAAAUGUGCACCCAGGGGGGGUCCCAGGACCGACUUUGGGAAACCUUGUUUUAGGUUAUUGUCCUGCUGAAAAGUGAAUUAAUCUCCCAGUGUCUGGUGGAAAUCAGACUGAACCAGGUUUUCCUCUAGGAUUUUGCCUGUGCUUAGCUCCCCAGUCCUUAACAAUUACAAGCAUACCCAUAACAUGAUGCAGCCUCCACUAUGCUUGAAAAUAUGGAGAGUUGUACACAGUAAUGUGUUGUAUUGGAUUUGCCCCAAACAGAACACUUUGUAUUCAAGACAAGAAGUUAAUUGCUUUGCCACAUUUAUUAGCAGUAUUACUUUAGUGCCUUGUUGCAAACAGGAUGCAUGUUAUGGAAUAUUUUUAUUCUGUACAGGCUUCCUUCUUUUCAUUCUGUCAAUUAGGUUAGUAUUGUGGAGUAACUACAAUGUUGUUGAUCCAUCCUCAGUUUUCUUCUAUCACAGCCAUUAAACUCAAUAACUGUUUGAAAGUCACCAUUGGGCUCAUGCUGAAAUCCCUGAGCGGUUUCCUUCCUCUCCGGCAACUGAGUUAGGAAGGACACCUGUAUCUUUGUAGUGACUUGGUGUAUUAAUACACCAUCCAAGAAUAACUUCACCAUGCUCAAAGGGAUAUUCAAUGUCUGCUUUUUUUUAUUUUUACCCAUCUACCAAUAGGUGCCCUUCCCUGGUCUUUGUGGUUGAAUCUGUGUUUGAAAUUCACUGCUCGACUAAGGGGCAUUACUGAUAUUUGCAUGUGUGGGUACAGAGAUGAGGUAGUCAUUCAAAAAUCAUGUUAAACACUACUGCAACUUAUUAUGUGACUUCUUAAGCAGAUUUUUACUCCUGAACUCAUUUAGGCUUGCCAUAACAAAGGGGUUGAAUAUUUAUUGACAUUUUAGCUAUUUUUAAUUUGAAAAAGUCUCGGAAAAAAAUUCAAUUUGGACAUUAUUUGGUAGGCCAGUGACAAAAAAAUCUCAAUUUAAUCCAUUUUAAAUUCGGGCUGUAGCACAACAAAAUUUGAAAAAUGUCAAGGGGUAUGAAUACACUGUAUGUGGUUACUUCAAGUUGUGUAUUUACGGUCUUUAAUGUAUUGCGUUGUCAUCAACUCCAAUAUGAAUGUUAGUCCAUUAUAGCCUAGUUCAUUAAAUAGCCUGCCCCAUAUUUGCAAAAUAUGUUCAACAUGUUUGCAGUCCACAUUGUUCUAAUUGCAUUGCUUCGAUAUAGAAAUACAUUGUUAAACAUAGGCUAUAGAAUUCACACUGAAAUAGGGUCUAGGCCUACUGUAAAUUGCAGUAUGUGGACAUGCCAAACGUAGUCAAUAAGCAAGAUUAAAUUCACUAGGCUACUGAUAAAUAAAAACAAAACAACAACUUGUUUUAAAAUAGGCUAUGUCUAAAUACAGUUACAGGCACCAUAAUUGCUUCCUGUGGGCGUAUAAUACAGACAACACCAUAAUUGCUUCCUGUGGGCGUAUAAUACAGACAACACCAUAAUUGCUUCCUGUGGGCGUAUAAUACAGACAAGGCAGCUUAGACUAUGGCGGGUUUUACGCACAUCCAAACUUUUUACAGGAGUUUGAUAAAGAUCCAAUAUAAAGAGAAAGGGGGAAUGUCCACUCACCGUUAUACUGCUCCCAAAUAAUAUUUUAGAAACAUAUUGGAACGAUUUACAGAUCACAUUCACACUUCUCCAGAACGUUCUCACCAUAAAACCUAAUAAGUUUGCUUGUUUUAUGUUACAUUUUAUUAAAACCAAUGUGGGUUUCUUUCAACAAUAAAUACAUGUAAAAUGUAAUGAUAUCAUAAAUAAAAAAGACAAUGCAUUGCUGUUGAACCAGCCUUUGUUAUAGUAGGCCUAUUGUAAGGGUAGUCUACGGAGGGCUUGGGUUUUGAACAUAUGAAACGGAAUACAAUCAAAAAAUAUCUUUAUGAUUUUUGUAUAUAUAAAAAAAAAACUUUACUCCCCAAUUUCGUCAUAUCCAACAGUCUUGUCCCAUCGCUGCAACUCCUGUAUGGACUCGGGAGAGGCAAAGGUCGAGAGCCGUGCAUCCGCCAAAACACAACCCCGCUAAGCGCACUGCUUCAUGUCACAAUGCACGCUUAACCCGGAAGCCAGCCGCACCAAUGUGUCGGAGGAACGGUGUCAGCGUGCAUGCUCCCACAGGAGUCGCUACAGCGCGAUGGGACAAGGACAUCCCGGCCAGCCAAACCCUCCCCUAACCCGGACGACGCUGGGCCAAUUGUGCGUUGCCUCAUGGGUCUCCCGGUCGCGGCCGGCUGCGACACAGCCCGGUAUCAAACCAGGAUCUGUAGUAACGCAGCUUGCACUGCGAUGCAGUGCCUUAGACCGCUGCGCCACUCGGGAGGCCAACAAGCAAUUGUUACAUGAAAAUAACUUCUAAAUAUGAGAUUCACCGAGGUUCUAAUCUCUCGUUUCAUGAUGGGCAUGGACACGUAGCCUACGUCAUGGAGGGGGCUUUACACACGUCCACAAUGGGAAUCAUUUAGGCCUACCUACAAUACAUAGAUAAAAAGGGAAUGUCGGCUCUCUGUUUUGCUCCUCUCAAACUUGAUAUAAACUAUGAUUUUAAUAAAGCUUUGGUGAUUAUGAUUUAUUUCCAAGCGGUCUCACGAGCCAAACCCUUUAUUGAUAGUCUUGUCUACUUGGCGAUUGCUUUGGGCAGGUAAAAUAAAAAAAACAGCCUUCAUUGAGACGGGAGGCUAUGCUUGGUUUUUAAUCAAAUAAAACAAAUAAAAAUAAAAAUCACAUUACUCUUGUUCCAUGCGCAUAUGCGCAGUGUGCGUCACGGCUAGAUAGACUGCAUUUCCGCUGUCAAAAUGUAUGCCAUAACCUACCGCGUUACCGCUUAAACCAGCUUUUGGUUGGUCUUAAAUAUCCCUACCAGCGCUGCCUGAAUUUCGCACUUUGGAUCACGUUUUUAAGGACUCACCUCAAAUAUUUACACCCCUCCCAUCUGAGCGCAAGCGAGCUGAUAUAAGACAGGUAAAUUACCAAUUCUUGCACAACAAUUUGAAAAUAGCGUGCUGGCUUUAAUAGGUCAAAAUUGCCAACGAAGUUGCGUUUGACACUAGCGUGCGUUUGACACUUAUAGCCAGCCAAAAAUAGAGCCCUAAGUGUCCACAGCAGCAGAGCCAAAAAAAAAAAACAUAAUUUGAAGAACAAACAUCAUUGUGGCAAUUCAUAUUUUGCGGUACUGUAAAUAUGAAGAGAUGACCGGUUUAAUGUUAAAAAUGGUUCUCUUACUUAAAAAAUUGUCCUGAUCAUCUAGGCCUAGCCGAUAACAAAAACAGCUAUUCAUACAUUUUCAGCAAUUUUAAUUGUAAAGUAAUGUCUUUCUACUCAAAAAUACGACUAAUUUUACCAAUCUGGGAGGUAAAGUCUAGGGUUGGGUGAAAUCCAGAUUUUCAUAUCGUCAUACCGUCUUUCUCUCAUCCCGGGAUUUACGAUAUUACCGUUUUAGUACACAAGGGGGCGCUAAAACGUUUAAUAAAACCCAUUUGGUGUCUAUUACCAGAAUGCUAGCAAAAUUAACACAAUAGCACAUUUCCAUAGAGGCUGCUAGCUAAAUAUGCUAACGAGAAUGCUAACGAGCACAAACAAAAAUGAAACUAAUUGCAAAGAUAGGCAAUCCAGCUCACAAGUAUAGAUAGUAGCUACCGAAUGUCAUUUCUGGUGAGUUUGGACAUUUACAAUUGAAUGUGAAAGAGAGACAUUGUCAAAUGAACAAAGUUUUGACACAUGCUUGUCUGCAGGAUGAAGAGCACUGGCUCUGGAGAUGCAUGUGGACACGCUUUGUCUGUGUGUAGUUGCUAGGGCAAUGGGCCUGCCUGCUCUGCUCAGAGAACAGGGGGGACUAGCAGACUAGCAGAGGAGAAAGAAAUGCAAGGAAAUUAAGAUAACUCAUCCAAAGCGCUUUGACUUCUCAAAAACGGCAGAAAGCUCACACUAUAUGAUGCCCUGUCUCCUUAUUAAUUCAGCCACUUAGCUAACUAGCAAGUUAAACCAAAUACACAGCUGGACUCACCAGCUUUUACUUUCUCCAGUUGUGGAACUAUGGUAAGCUUCAUAAUGUAAAAUAAGGUGACAAGAACGCAAUCUGCUUUAUCUCCUAACGUAUUGCACAAGUUGAUUGCAGGUAUUUACUUUUAAAAAAGUAACUUCACAUUUUCAAAUCUAUUGAAAAACUUCAAAGAAAUAGGUUUGACGGUAUUGAAAAAGCCUCCCGUGGCCAUUUACAAAUGCCCUGGUAUAUGGUAUAUACGGUAUUCUGCCCAAGCCUAAAGUCAUUAAAGUAUUCAAUAAUUUAACUGUGUGUUUCGGAUGGAAGUAAGGCAUUAGAAUGUACCAGAGGCCACCAAAAUAGAGCUCGAUCUGCAAAAAACUAAUUGGGGGGGGGGGCAUGCGGGGGCUGGCUACUUUUUAUAUUUGGCUCGCUACUCCAUAUACUUAUGGAAAACACUGCACAUACACAUUUUGUUAUUCUAUCCUUGUGGGGACCUAAAAUCUAUUUCCAUUCAAAAUCAUAUUUUCCCUAACCCAACCCCUAAACUUAAACCCAACUCCUAACCCCUUACCCUAACCCUAAACCUAACCCCUAAGCUUAAAAUAGCGUUUGUCGUCAUGGGGACGUGGGAAAUGUCCCCACAAGGGAUAAUUUUCCUUGUUUUGCUAUCCUUGUGGGGACUUUUGGGGAUUUUAGGUCCCCACAAGGAUAGAAGAACCGACACACACAUUCACAAUCAGGUUACAGAAAAGACACAAGUCAGGUGUAGAAAAACAUUAUUUAUGGCAGAACAAGGACAUCUCUCCUGAGAGAAUGUUGUCAGAAGAUCAGCUCUUCCAUUGCUUAUGGAACAUAAUGGUCCUCUCAACAGAACUAGCAGCAAAGCUCACAUUUCUCUUCUAGUUAUCAUUGUGUGUUACAUAUUUGAGACGAUGUCUGAUCUCCUUGCCUGUCUUAUAUUUUACAUUUACAUUUUAGUCAUUUAGCAGAUGCUCUUAUCCAGAGCGACUUACAGUUAGUGAGUGCAUACAUUUUUUCAUACUGGCCCCCCGUGGGAAACGAACCCACAACCCUGGCGUUGCAAGCGCCAUGCUCUACCAACUGAGCUACACGGGGCCCUAUCCAUGUGUGUCAUUGUCUCUCUCUCUCUGUAGGCAAGGGAUUCAUGGGAUGUUUUCGUUGCAUUUGGCUGUGCUCUACGGGUUUUCAGACUGUUGUCGCAAGUUACUCUCCUCAGGUAAGCCUUUAGACUGCCAUAGAAAUGGUUGUUUGUAUAAUUGAAACUGAUAAAGUUUCAUGGAUGUGUACAUUCAAAUUGACCUAAGUAGUUCUGUAUCAGAUAGAUUGUGAGACAGGAUAUACAUACAACACAUUCUUUAAAUACUUGCUUUUCCUCAUUCAGUGUCAUGUUCAGAAACAGAGAUUUGAAUAGAUGUUCUCCUCAGUACCCACAAAGGCCAUUGUUCCAUCCAGACCUCCUGAUGUGGUCACCCGUAUGACAACACUUCCUGUUUUGUGCUGUUGUGCUUCCUGCAGGUCAGCUGUACAGCAUCGUAUCAUCUCUAAGCAACGAGCAUGUGCUGUCAGCCGGUUUUGACAUAAACACCCCAGACAGCCUGGGUAGGACCUGCCUGCAUGCUGCCGCCUCUGGAGGGUGAGCACACCUUUUUUUAUGAAGAGAGAGCUUUGUUAGUGGUUGUAUAAUCAUCUCAUUUGUAUUUCUGUUCUCUCUUUGACGGCAGAAACGUUGAAUGUCUUAACUUGCUGUUGAGCAGUGGUGCCGACUUGAGUAAAAAGGACAAACUGGGAAGGUGAGUGGUCUCAUUCUGGAAUUCAACAAACUUGUUUUUCCCCAUAAUGUUUUUGUCAUUGAGUGAAUUCUAUUCUAUCCUAUGUUAUUAUAUUCUCUUCUCCUGUGAAUGUGACUCAUCUCCUCACCCAUCCCUCUCAUGGCAGAGCUCCUUUGCACUACGCAGCUGCGAAUGGGAGCUACCAGUGCACGGUUGCCCUGGUGAGUGCUGGUGCCGAGGUGAAUGAGCUGGACCAGAAAGGCUGCAGCCCCCUGCACUACGGCGCCGCAUCGCAGACCUUCCGCCGGUGAGACACACAGAUAACACACACAUAGAGGGGCUAAACAAUACCAGAAUCCCAAAAUGGAUUGACAUUUUGUUUUUGUUUCAGAGUGGACAGACAUUACUCAGUCGGACACCAGAGUGAGGAGAGGGCCAAGGAGUCCUUUUUGUAAGUCCCUUACCAUGAUGUCGUCUCAGUUUUAUCAAACAUAAAACAUACAAACCUACCGACUGACCAAGCUCAAACAUUUUGGUUUCUCAGAAGAUGGGAACUGUUUAGAAAUUUACAAUUUUCUGCAAUGGUUUGCAGUUAAGGUUAACCUGCCCAUGUAUACUGAACAAACAUAUAAACGCAACAUGCAACAAUUUCAAAGAUUUUACUGAGUUACAGUUCAUAUAAGGAAAUCAGUCAAUUGAAAUCAAUUCAUUAGGCCCUAAUCUAUGGAUUUCACAUUUUCUAGGAAUACAGAUAUGCAUCUGUUGGUCACAGAUACCUUUAAAAAAAGGUAGGGGCGUGGAUCAGAAAACCAGUCAGUAUCUUGUGUGACCACCAUUUGCCUCAUGCAGCACAACACAUCUCCUUUGCAUAGAGUUGAUUAGGCUGUUGAUUGUGGCCUGUGGAAUGUUGUCCCACUCCUCUUCAAUGGCUGUGUGAGGUUGCUGGAUGUUGGCGGGAACUGGAACACGCUGUCGUACGUGUUGAUCCAGAGCAUCCCAAACAUGCCCAAUGGGUGACAUGUCUGGUGAGUAUGCAGGCCAUGGAAGAACUGGGACAUUUUCAUCUUCCAGGAAUUGUGUACAGAUCCUUGCGACAUGGGGCUGUGCAUUAUAAUGCUGAAACAUGAGGUGAAGGUGGCGGAUGAAUGGCACGACAAUGGGCCUCAGGAUCUCUUCACGGUAUCUCUGUGCAUUCAAAUUGACAUAAAUAAAAUGCAAUUGUGUUCGUUGUCCGUAGCUUAUGCCUGCCCAUACCAUAACCCCACCGCCACCAUGGGGCACUCUGUUCACAACGUUGACAUCAGCAAAUUGCUCGCCCACACAACGCCAUACACGUGGUCUGCGGUUGUGAGGACGGUUGGACGUACUGCCAAAUUCUCUAAAACGAUGUUGAAGGUGGCUUAUGGUAGAGAAAGGAACAUUAAAUUCUCUGGCAACAGCUCUGAUGGACAUUCCUGCAGUCAGCAUGCAAAUUGCACGCUCCCUCAAAACUUGAGACAUCUGUGACAUUGUGUUGUGUGACAAAACUGCACAUUUUAGAGUGGCCUUUUAUUGUCCCCAGCACAAGGUGCACCUGUAUAAUGAUCUUGCUGUUUAAUCAGCUUCUUGAGAUGCCACACCUGUCAGGUGGAUGGAUUAUCUUGGCAGAGGAGAAAUGGUCACUAACAGGGCUGUAAACAAAUUUGUGCACAAGAUGUGAGAGACAUAAGCUUUUUGUGCAUAUGGAACGUUUCUGGGGUCUUUUAUUUCAGCUCAUGAAACCAACACUUUACAUGUUGCGUUUAUAUUUUUGUUCAGUGUAUUUGAUGGCUUGUUGUUUGAUCACAAUUUUUCUCUCUCUGUGUUGAUGUAGUUGUGUAUCUAGAAGUUUGUUGAUUGACGUAACAUGACUGUCUUCUCCUCUGUAUGUGUAGCUGUUUAGAGUAUCUGCUGGAUAACGGGGCUGACCCGGCUCUGAGGAACACCAAGGGUUACAGCGCAGUCCACUAUGCAGCAGCCCACGGAAACAAGCAGAACCUGGAGCUGGUGAGUAUGUGGGAGGAGGGACUGCAGGCCUGUGUGUAUGUGUAUGCACAUGUGCAUGCUGCAGACAGACAAGCAAAGACGAGUCGUAUCAUGGGUGCAUUUCAACAGUGCCUUACCCUCCUCGUCUUCAUCUGCACUAUGAAAGAACAGGACAAGUGACGGUAAAGUCCUAGUAGACAUCCAACCAUAUUGCUUUCACUAGUCCGUUGUUUUCAGAUCAGUGCAGAUAAAGACGAGGAAAGGAAAUCACUUUAGAGUAUCGAGAUGCAUCAAAAGUUGCACUUGGUUUGAAACUGGUAAUGGCCUUUGUAAUAAAGUGGUAUUUCCAGCCCCAUCUUUAAGAGCUGAGAUUGGUAAAUAAUUUACUGUCGCUUCCUCUUCAUAGGGCUAAAGUCAGAUGACUGAGCCAUGUACCGCUUCCUUUGGGAAGUGCAGUAAUCUCAGCAAGUGGUACAGUAUGUACAGGUUGCAAACUCCUCUCUUUGUCCCCUUCUUUCCCCCAGCUCUUGGAGAUGUCGUUCAACUGUCUGGGAGACGUGGAGAGCAGUGUUCCAGUUAGCCCUUUGCACUUAGCCGUGAGUACAGUACACCUGCUUAGCCUCGUUUCCUCUGGCCCGAAGGUCCAAUUGACUGUACUGUCCAUUGGCUUUCUAUAGAUUGUUUUAACUUCAAAUUAACACAUUACAUUAGUUUUAUUACGGCCCCUCUUAGUUCUACAGUGCUAAUUCAAAGUUGGAGUGAACUAACUAUCCAUUGAACACAUUCACCCAAUUAAUUGACACAUUUACCCCCCAUUCUCACACUCUUCAGUUUGACUGUUGUGUGGUUCUAGUUCUGAAGUUGGAGUGAAUUGUCCCUUGAACACAGUGACCCACCUCCAUUCUCACACUCCUGGAUUUCUCCCUCCACCCAGGCGUAUAACGGUCACUUUGAGGCGUUGGGGGUGCUGUCUGAGACGCUGGUGAGUCUGGACGUUCGGGAUGCGGGGGGGCGCACCGCCCUCUACUUGGCGGCCCAGAAGGGACACGCUCAGUGCGUGGAGGUACUGCUGUCCCACGGGGCCUCCUGCCACCUCAAGGAGCGCCACCAGAAGUGGACCCCACUCCACGUCGCAGGUGUGUGUGCAUGUACCACUUUACAUGGUUUUUGUGAUUGUUAGAUUCUAAUCCACAUGGUAGUUGUAUGUGUGUAUGAGCUUAUGUCAACAUUUUCACUCUUCUCUGUUACCUGCUCGUCAUUGUGUGUGUGUGUGUGUGUGUGUGUGUGUGUGUGUGUGUGUGUGUGUGUGUGUGUGUGUGUGUGUGUGUGUGUGUGUGUGUGUGUGAGCUUGUCUCAAUAUUUGACUGUCUAUGUCACCACCUCCUCCAGCUUCCAACGGCCAAACAGACUGUCUGCUCAUGCUGGUCAACCGAGGGGAGAAGGCUGACAUCAUCGACAUUGCCGACGUACAGGGACAGUGAGUGACUGUCAUUCAUUUCCUGAAAAUGUUUGUUGAAUAUGGCACCCACUAGAAUAGGACUGAUUAUUUUUGCUUUUCUUUUUUUUACACUAUUCUAACGUAGAGGGCUCCCUUUUUUACCUACUGGUUAUUUGUGUGUAAACCACUGGGAUUAUGUGUGUGUGCAGGACGGCUCUGAUGCUGGCAGCUCUUGGCAGUCACACUGACUGUGUCCACAUCCUGCUGGAGAAGGGAGCCGGGGCCAACGCCGCUGACAAGCGAGGCCGCACUGCCCUACACAGAGCUGUGAGUGUCCCCACCAUGUGUAUGUGCUUGCUCUAACCCUAAUGUUCUAUCUGCCCAAUCUCAAAAUAUAUUGCCAUUGGGGGUCCCCUGCAGUCACAUUCAUCGAAUCUGGGUAGAUGGGACACUUAGAGAAAGGUGUAACAAAUAAUUAUAUUUGAUACUGCUGAUGAACUACACUAUAUAUACAACAGUAUGUGGACACCCCUUCAAAUUAGUGGAUUCGGCUGUUUCAGCCACACCCGUUGCUGACAGAUGUAUAAAAUCAAGCACAUAGCCAUGCAAUCUCCAUAGACAACCAUUGGCAGUAGAAUGGCCUUACUGAAGAGCUCCGUGACUUUCAACAUGGCGCUGUCAUAGGAUGCCACCUUUCCAACAAGUCAGUUCCUCAAAUUUCUGGCCUGCUAGAGCUUCCUCGGUCAACUGUAAGUGCUGUUAUUGUGAAGUGAAAACGUCUAGGCGCAACAACGACUCAGCCGCGAAGGGGUAGGCCACACAAGCUUAAAGCGUGUAAAAAUCGCCGGUCCUCGGUUGCAACACUCACUACCAAAAAAGUUAUCCCUUUCAACUGUUCUUCUCUAACUCCCUCUCUCUUUAUCUCUGUCCUCUCUUUCUCUUGUCAGUGAUGAGUUCUGUCUCUCUAACUCUUUCUCUGUCUCUUCCUCCAGGCGGUGAUGGGCUGUGAGGACUGUGUGUCGGCCCUGCUGGAGCAUGGUGCUUCGGCUCUGUGCAGGGAUUUCCGGGGGCGCACCCCCCUGCACCUGGCCGCCUCCUGCGGCCACAUGGAGCUCCUGCGCAGCCUGCUGCAGGGCGCCACACACACCGACCCCCUCGACUCCAUGCUGGACUAUAGCGGAUACACCCCCGCCCACUGGGCCGCCUACCACGGUGAGACACACAUUACACACACACACACAACCUUCCCGGAGAGGCUACAAAUAACCUCAGUGAAUAACUCACAAAGUGUGGGGUUGGGCUAAAUAGCCGUGAGAGAACUUCAGUUGCUCCUAAACUGUGAACCAUUGUCUGACACCAUCUCUCGUCUCUUUCAGGGCACGAGGACUGUUUGGACGUUUUACUUGAACACAAAUCAUUUAGUAUCCAGGAAGGAAACCCCUUCACCCCAUUGCACUGUGCUCUGUGAGUACCACCGCUGGUUCCCCCUGCUCUUUAGGGUUCUGGAUUCCGCUAUGAUUAUCAGAGCUUCUAUUUAGAAAAUAUAUUUUGAAAAACCUAAUUCUGUCUGAUGAUGAGACCUGGUGUUGAAUCCAUCAGAAGGUUGACCUGGCAACUGCUGUCCUUUUUUAUAACAGAGAGAUGGAGGAUGUUUUCUCACAGUUUGUCUUGUUCCUUUCCAGAAUUAAUGGCCAUGAUGGUGCUGCUGAACUACUGGUAGAGACCUUCGGAACUCAGAUGGUAAACAUCAGAGACGGCAAAGGAAGGUGCGUGUCGUGUGUCUGUCUGAGUUUCUGCAUAUGCCUUUGUGUACGGAGCUCUGUCAAGUCUAGUGUAUUGCAGCUUACCUGUCUGUCUGUCUGUCUGGUUGUGGCUGUCCUGGGCUGUGCCUGAAGGACCCCGUUGCAUGCAGCUGCCUAUUCAGAGAGUGUGGGCGGGCUGCAGCUGGCCCUGGUCCAGGGGGCAGAGGUCAAUGCCGUGGACACCACAGGACGCUCUGCCCUGAUGGUUGCCGCCGACAACGGACGGACCGCAGCCGUCGGUGAGUGGCCAGAAAUUAGGAAAUGUGAUUAUUGCAUCCAGUAAAUAUGAGAACUGAACGUUUAGUGGGCUUAUUAGUUUGGUAUACAUAAUUUAUGUUUUAUUUUAUAUGUAUUUAUUAAAUGUAUUUAUGAACUGUGUAAUUGUGGACACCACAUCAAAUAGAAAACCUUGCUAGUGACCGUAGCAACUGGAGGAAGCUUGUUGUCGACUGUUCUGCAGCCGGAUGAUGAUGAUGAUGAUGAUGAUGAUGAUGUGUAAUUGUGAGAGAUGUGUGAACCCAACAGAGAUCCUGCUGCACCAGGCCAAGGCAGACCUGACCCUGCUGGAUGUCAACGACAACACCGCCCUUCACCUGGCCUGCAGCAAGGUGAGACACAUUCACUCACACACACAGGCACUCAUACACACACACACACACAGUCCUGCAGCAAGGCAAGACACUCCGUCAUACGCCUAGCUGACACACGGUCCACUGUUAUUUUGAAUUCUGACUCGCUGUAGCCAAAUACACAACCUAAGUUAUUUAAAAAUUAUAUAUCAACUAUACAGGAAACAAGCAUGACAGAUCCACAUAUCAUUGGAAAACUGCUUUACACCUUCAGAUUGCUAAUGUAUAUUACUGUUGAUACCAAAGCAUUAUUAGGUGGCAGGGAAAUGGCAUGUGUGUUUCUCCGUCAGAGUACUAAUGUUCCAAUCCCAGUAUACUAAACCUGACCUUUAUGUGUUUCCCUGCAAUAGGGGCUAUAUUUGUACAUCAAGCUGCCUUGCGCUACAGAAACAGGAGAUCUUGCCCUAUUGGCUGUUCUGGCUCGGACAAGGCUUAUUUACUUACUUAAUGUGUUUUCUCCCGCAGGCUCAUGAGAUGUGUGCCCUGUUAAUCCUGGGAGAGAUCAGCGACCCCUCACUCAUCAAUGCAACAAACAGUGCACUGCAAAUGUGAGCCAUCAUCAGCGACUCAGCCUUUCAUUAAAGACACUGUUCAACACUGUAUAAAACCCCAGCUUCAUCUCUCACUCAGCCCUUUUAAACUCUCGAUCUGUGUGACUCCUAACUCCAGGAGUUAAGAUGAGUGAGAGCUGAAGCAGGGGAUCUAUACAAAACCCAAAAGACCUAGAGUUUUGUUUACCUAGGUGGUCUGUUGACUGUAUCCCUUUUCACUCCUCCCCAGGCCCCUUCAUAUCGCAGCGAGGAACGGUCUGGCUACAGUGGUGCAGGUGCUCCUCAGCCGGGGGGCAGCUGUGAUGGCUAUAGAUGAGGAGGGUGAGUCACCACAGUGUCGGUUAGUGAAAAAAGACCAGGGUGGUGAGGUGGCCAUUUUUCUUAUGUCGCUUCGGAGUGUGUGCGUGUCUGAUAUGCAUGUUCACCUCUUGACUAUGCAGGUUGUUAUUGAGAACUAUAAAAUAUAAUUUGUUCUUCCUAAACGUGAAAUAUAUAUUUUUUAAUCAAUGUGUGUGUUUCUAUCUCCUAUCCUAUCUUCAGGCCACACCCCGGCCCUGGCCUGUGCCCCUAACAAGGACGUGGCGGACUGCCUGGCCCUUAUCCUCUCCACCAUGAAGCCUUUCCCUCCCAAAGACGCCAGCGCUGCCAACUCCUUUGGCCUCAACCUGCUGAAGCACUGUGGCAUCGCCGUCGCCUGCGGGCCCCUUCCCAACGGCACCCUGCACCACGCCUACGCCAAGGACCGCCACGGCACCAUCGGCCUGGACGGCUGCUUCACCGAGUGAAACGAACUCCCCAACCUGCUCCCCCCCCCCUAACACACACAACAAGAGCAGGAAUAGUGUGUGUGUGUAAGUGCGUGUGUGUUUGGAUGCGUGUCUGUAUAUGUGUGCGUGCGUGCGUGCGUCUGUCUAUGUGUUUGUUUAAACAAAAACUAAAUCCCUUAUGGGUGCAGUCAAACCUAUAUGCAAUUAUUUGCCUCUCUCCUCUGUGGCAUAUCGUCUGUCUGUGUGUCUGUCUGUCGUCACUAGCCUGGCCUUAGGUCAGACACCAUCUGUCCAGUGUCCAGGACAGAGCACGUCACUGAGUCCCUCUGA